CUCCCCCCGCCACUGGGCUCCCCAUUCCCAGUCAUCAGUUCUUCCAUGGGGUCCCCUGGUCUGCCCCCUCCAGCUCCCCCAGGAUUCUCCGGGCCUGUCAGCAGCCCCCAGAUUAACUCAACAGUGUCGCUCCCUGGGGGUGGGUCUGGCACCCCUGAAGAUGUGAAGCCACCAGUCUUAGGGGUCCGGGGCCUGCACUGUCCACCCCCUCCAGGUGGCCCUGGGGCUGGCAAACGGCUGUGUGCAAUCUGCGGGGACCGAAGCUCAGGCAAACACUAUGGGGUUUACAGCUGCGAGGGCUGCAAGGGCUUCUUCAAGCGCACUAUCCGCAAGGACUUGACCUACUCGUGCCGGGACAACAAAGACUGUACGGUGGACAAGCGCCAGCGGAACCGCUGUCAGUACUGCCGCUAUCAGAAGUGCCUGGCCACCGGCAUGAAGAGGGAGGCAGUGCAGGAGGAGCGGCAGCGUGGGAAGGACAAGGACGGGGAUGUGGAGGGGGCUGGGGGAGCCCCCGAGGAGAUGCCUGUGGACAGGAUCCUGGAGGCAGAGCUCGCUGUGGAGCAGAAGAUUACCUCUAGACCUCCCAUCAACCUUACCCGCUUUCCCCUGCAGCCUAAUGACCCUGUGACUAACAUCUGUCAGGCUGCUGACAAACAGCUGUUCACCCUCGUUGAGUGGGCGAAGAGGAUCCCCCACUUUUCUUCCUUGCCUCUGGAUGACCAGGUCAUACUGCUGCGGGCAGGCUGGAAUGAGCUUCUCAUCGCCUCCUUCUCCCACCGGUCCAUCGAUGUCCGGGAUGGGAUCCUCCUUGCCACGGGCCUCCAUGUGCACCGAAGCUCGGCCCAUUCCGCAGGCGUGGGAGCCAUCUUCGAUCGGGUGCUGACGGAGCUAGUGUCCAAAAUGCGGGACAUGAGGAUGGACAAGACAGAGCUUGGCUGCCUGCGGGCAAUCAUUCUGUUUAACCCGGAUGCCAAGGGCCUGUCCAACCCCGGCGAGGUGGAGGUCCUGCGGGAGAAGGUGUACGCGUCCCUGGAGACCUACUGCAAACAGAAGUACCCUGAGCAGCAGGGACGGUUUGCCAAGCUGCUGCUUCGUCUUCCUGCCCUCCGGUCCAUUGGCCUUAAGUGUCUCGAGCAUCUGUUUUUCUUCAAGCUCAUUGGUGACACCCCCAUCGACACCUUCCUCAUGGAGAUGCUAGAGGCUCCCCACCAGCUCGCCUGAGCCCACUCCUGCCACUGAGGGGCACCCUCCAGGAGGACCUGAGUCCUGGGGCAGGGAGGGAGGGGCUGCAUUCUCAGACCAAACCUCAGGCGAGGAGCAUAGCACAGACCCACAAGGCCCCGGGGCGACCAUGGAGCAAGCUUGGUAUCUUGUCGGGGGUGCAGGUCCCUGCGGGCCUGGAUGUCUCCUUUGGUGGCCUUGAGUCUCUAAAGCGUUGGGGGUCUCCCGUGGUUUGGGGUGAUUUCUCACCCUGUCUGUCUUUCCUCCGGCACAGAGCACUGGCCCUGCUCUGAGGACCCUGCUUCCUUUUCUUGACCUCACUCACCUGAGGGGAGAUGGGGAACUCCCCAGAGGUGGGCAUUGGGGGGCAGGCCCCCCAAAUUGACAUGGAAGCAGUGCCCACCCUGAGGGCUGCCCUCCUCCAGACCUGGCAGGUGGGGGCCUCAGGAGGAGGGAGGGCUGUCGGAUCUCCUGCCCAGUCCUGCAGUCAGACUGAGGAAGGUGGUGGUGGAGGGGCCGGUGCCGAUGUGGGAGCCCAUCUAUUUUUAAUUCCCUCUGAGGAUAGACUUGCAGUUACACUCAAAGAAGUACUGUACUUCCCCAGGUUGACUAAGAAAUGCCAGUGGUGGCGUGGGUAUUCGGGCAAAGUGGCCCUGGGGCCGUCUGGCCCUGGGCUCGCAGGCACUGGCCUUGCCUGCCCUCUGGCUGGCCCUUCCUCCUGUCUAGGUUGGGCAGGGGCCUGGGCUGGGAUCCCAGGGCCAGGGUGGUCAGAUGGGUGCAGCGGGGCCUCCUUCCCCUGUGCCGUGCUCCAGCCCGGGCUGAGUGCUGGUCACCCCGGAUAAUGGCCUGAUAACUGGGGAGACUCCAGCUUGCAGAGCUCCGGGCUGCAUGAAUUUUGCCCGAGUCUCUUCUCCUUGGGGUCCUUUCCCCUCUCCUUUGCACAUAAAAUCGCUUUCAAAUUAAAA